AUGCUGAUGAUGAUCCUGGGCGGCCAGGUCGUCACCUCGGUGGUUCCACUCUUCGUCAAGAAGCGGCGCUACUGCGACGUCGCCAGGCAAGUCCUCGAGCAGGAUGAUCGCAAGCGGCCAUCGUCGAGCUCUAAUCCCGACAGUGAUCGCGAUCUCGUCCCCAAUCCAAACGCCCAAGCUCCUCAAAAUCGUGAAGACGAUGCUACUCCUACUAGCGCUACCACACCCUCGAGCUCGCAAGGACCUCCAGGAUCUCUUAAAAGAACGCAAAGCGGUGCUGUCCGGCUCUUGAGGAGAUUGAGCGGCUCCAUGAAGCUCCGCUCCAAGGAGGACGUCUGGAUGCGCGAGAUGGCGUCCAAAAAGCACGCCCAGCACUUGCGCGAGAUCUUCCAAGAGCACAGCGCGACCGUGUCACUCACCUGGAUCGUCGUCUGGUACUACAUCCUCGUCCAUCUCAUCGGCUUCUUCAUCACCUGGGGAUGCAUACUGGGCGAUGCCAGCGCCAAGUCGAGCCUGGAGAGCAAGAACAUCAACAUCGGCUUCUUCGCGCUCUUCCUCACAGUCUCAUCUUUCGCGAAUGCCGGGUUCGUCCUCGUCGAUGAAAACAUGACCCUCUUCAGCUCCUCCACCGUGCUGCUGCUGGCGCUGGCGGCGAUCAUCCUCCUGGGCAACACCAUGUUUGCGCCAUCGCUGCGCGGGAUCAUCUGGCUGCUCCACCGAGUCGACGCCACCCGGCGCGAGGACUACGAGUUCCUGCUGGAGCACCCCAGGAAGUGCUACACGCACUUGUUCCCGCGGACCACCACCCUCUGGUUAGUUCUCGCCGUCACCGGGUUCAAUGGGUUUGAGUGCCUCAUGUUUUACAUUUUGGACUGGAAAAGCAAGGCCUUGGAGGGUUUCGGCACAGGUGACAAGGUUGUCAAUGGCAUCUUUCAGUCUGUUAACACGCGGAGUGCAGGCAUGAACUCCAUGAACCUUGCAGAUCUCUCGCCCUCAAUGCUCUUCCUCUACUGCGGCAUGAUGUAUAUUGCUGCUUACCCGGUAUUCCUCUCGCGGCAGUACUCACGACACUACGAAGCCAAAGAGCAGCGGGCUUCCGUGAUUGUGGGGCUGGACCGGGACGUUUUGGACACCACAAUCACGACCCAGUCCAAGAGAUUGCUGGCUCAGGACUGGGCCUACCUCUUCCUCGCCACCUUUUUCAUCUGCGUGUCGGACAACAAGCAGCUCAAAAGCGACCCCCGCAACUUCACCAUCUUUAGCGUCAUCUUCGAGGUCAUAAGGUACGAAAACUCUUCGAGUUGCAAGACAAAAUCUCUAAAACUUCGAAAUUCAUACAAGUUAUCAUCUAAGUUACAAAAUCAUCAUCUCUCCUCUGAUCAAGCUCACGAGUUUCUGAUUUGA